GCUACGCACACACGACGUCCUCGAGCACGUUUCCGCAAUGAAUCCUGGGAGGAACUGUGUGUUUUGGCGGAAUGUUUGAACAAUUUAUACACAUCCAGGCUCACGAUGGCAGCGAAAAGCACAAAUAAUAUAAGACCAACUCGGUGGUAUAUUAACUGAAAACAUUCUGUAAAGCUCAACGAGAUGGAGGGCAGAGGCAGUCAGGAACAGCACGAACGGAAUGAAGUCGCUAAACUGACGCAGAUGAAGUCGAAAGUAAACAGACUGAGACGCAGCCCGAGAGCAGCGACGCUAAACCCCGCACAGAUCCGCGACACGGAGUUCAAAACCCCGACUCGUCCAGCGAGAGGCCAGUUCAGGAGACUGAUACCUGACGACUCGCCCAGCAAUGAUCCAGAUUUUCAUCAAGAUAUUAUAUGGGAUACGACAUCUCCAUCACCCAUUCGACAUGGUCGUGGACAGAGGAGAGCUGCACAUGUCAGGGCAGUGGAUAUAUCAGAUAUUGCCAAUCGGAUCGCACCAAAGAAUGGAAGACUAGAAGAAGCGGAUUCGUCUUUAAUGCAGUGGAUUGGGGACAGUGCCAUUCCCUGCACACCAGAAGUACAGCAGCCCAAAGUCAAGCCCAUGGUGACAAAACAAAGCACUGUGGAAGAUCUAAUGCGGCUGGCGAAGCAGUUUGACUUCAACAUGAGGCAAGAUGAAGCUCAAGAACCGAACUCUGAUGCACCGGGUUCAAAACAAUCUGAGGAACAAGAGCCGCCACAUGACGAGCGAUUCACAGCAGCCCACGGCAGCUCUGCUCUAAAGCCCAGUGACGAGAAGCCUGCUGAAGAAAGGGGACUUCAUCAGGAGAUGGACGAUGAUCUUGAUUUCCUUUUUGACGGGCCGACUCAGCGGCUCAGCGGGCGUCUCAGUCAGGCGUCAGUUUGUCGUACUCAGGAAGUUCCUGAGAGAAAUCUCUGCAGUGUGAAACCCAGUGUUUCACAAAAACGUUCUACGGUUACAACGGCAGAAAACCAUGGCAGUAAUCAAGUGAACAAGGCUGAUGAUUUUGAUGACGACUGGAGCAGUGACGGUUUACUCGAUGACUCGUUGCUUUUGGAGAUGACGCAAAACCCAGAUCUGUUUGCUGCACCGAAGUACAGUUCAACACAAAGACAGACUCAUGAGAAUCAAAAUGCUUUCGGUGCAAUGACAAACCAAAAACAAGCAGCUAAAACUGAUGUUAAAUGUGGCAAAUUUCAAGGGCAACAGACAAAAAGUGAUCAAAGUUUUCAGCAGGUGUCUCGAAUACAGGCAAAGCCAGGAAUUGGAAAUCGCAUGGAAAAUAAUUGCACAAAUCAGGUUUUUCCCACGAGUAAAGCGUUGCCAGUUCCUCCGAGUAGCUUCAGUGGCAAACAGAAUCAGCACAAGACACAAGAAACACAGCUUCAGGUUAUUCAAAAUACAUCCGGGCACAAUGCGGUUUCCUCAAUGCAUCAUUUCCGCCCAAACACCGAAGGGACGCUGCCGCCCACCGGCCUCAGUACUAUAAACCCUCCUCAUUCAAAUCCUCCCAGCAUGCACCAGCAUCCAAACUCCGGAGGCGUUAAACAACAAGGAGAGAAUGCAGUUAUAGAUGGCUUAAGUGAUGUUUUUGAUGAAGACCUGGACUCUUUUUUUGCGUCUGAUGACAUCUGGGAUGACGGAGUGGAGGACGAUGAUCUGUUUUGUGAGGCGUGUGAUAAUCUUGAGGAGUUAUCUGGCAGCACCACAAACAACCAGCAAAACACCGCAAAAGCAUCACAAAACACCGCUGAAGCCGCCAGUCAGCAAACAGUGUUCGCUCAUCCUUAUCCACCCAAAAAACCAUCCGCUAAUGUUUCCACGUCCAGUGCAAACACAUCAGUGUCUCUGUACGGUCAGAGAGCUCACGUGGUGAACUCCGGGCCUGCAGGACUCGGCUCUAAUGUGUCAUGUGAUGCAACGAGACCAUCUGGCCCCUCAAGUAAUGGAGCGUAUAAAUUCAAACAGGUGAGAAGCUCGUCUGUGGUGGGACGGGGCACCUGUGCUGUCCCCCCAACACAGCAGGGUCACGAGAGGGGCGUGCUGGCCGUCCUCCAAUCAGAUGUGAGAACAGCAGACAGUCAUCAGUUCAAAAAGCCGUACAGUGACUCGUUCAGGUCCACUGCCAAAGAUGUGUGUAACUCUGGAGCCGUGAGGUGCAGUGAUGCCGAGAUCGAGAGGAAGAAGCAGCAGGCUGUGGAGAGGCGGAGACUCCGGAUGCUGACCAAUCAGAACCUCAGAGCUCCUUUCUGAUUCACUGUUGCUUUGGAGAUGCAGAACAAAAACAGCUAUAGCUGUAUAUAAAUAAUUACAGUGUGUCUACACCACAACAGUCACUAUUCCCAUUAUAAUCUUUGGGUUUAUGGAUUAUAAUGGGAGAGAUCUAGUUUUCCGCAUCAUGCCGCUUGUUUGUGGACCAAAGCUCUUUAGGAACAAUGUAAGGUCAUUCGUAUCUGUACAACAUUUGACUGGUCAAAAAACAAAUGUUAACCCGAGGUCACAUGAUUAGUGUUAUGCCUGUUUAGGCAACAGAGAGCAGAUCCUAGAUCAACACUUCUCACCAGAUCCUCAUUUGAAAUUACAAAAAAAAACUUUUCCUACUCUCAUGCAGAUUUUAUGUAAAUUGUAUAAUAAAUAUUUUCCUUCAGUUUGAUUAAAAAGUGUAAUGUUCACAUUGCUUAAAGUAAAUCACUCUCGUUCAUUUUAUUUUCUUCAUUUAUGAUGAUGUAGAAGACAUUUUACAAGCUGUGGUUGGUUUUAUUGUUUUUGUCCUUUUAUGGGUCUAUUAAAGUGACCUAAAGUGGGUCAUGUAUAUAUGUAUUUAUUGAGAUGGAAUUGUCAUUGUAAUAAUUAAGGCAAUAAUAAAUAACUUUAAUAAAAAAAUACUCUGGAUUUUUCAUCUAAUGGAAUU